AUGAAGCUCCUCGUAACAUCAUUCUGGUUCUUCUCAUGCGACCUUCUCUACGUUAAAGCAGAAGUGGACGAAAGUGGCCAUUUCCGUGGGCUCGGUCCUGUGAACGGCGAUCCUAACGACAAAUACUAUUACAAGCAGAAGGCUUAUCUUGAGGCCAUCUCUGUCCCGGAGGCUUGGGAUAUCGUGGACUCUGGUCCCAAGAGGACACCUGUGACCAUCGCAGUUAUUGACGACGGAAUCGAGGCAACUCACCCUGACUUGAAGGAUAUCGUCAUCAAGGGCUACAACGUCGUUGAUAAGAAUGAUGAUACCAGUCCGCGAGGACCGCACGGAACUAUGAUGACUGGCAUCGUUGCUGCUAUCAGGAAUAACAAGAUCGGUAUGGCGGGUAUCCUGGACGAGGUGCGUAUACUUCCCAUAUUCGACGGCGAAGAAGUGACUUUCUCCGCAAUGGCGGAUGCUCUCACCUACCUGAUCAAUGAGAGGAGUGGUGAUGUGAAAGUUAUUCUCUUCACGGAAGGUUCCGAUUCAAGGAGAUCCCAAGCCGUUACCGACAAGAUUCGGGAAGCAACUGAAGCUGGCAUGCUCGUUGUUGUCACGGCAGGGGAUGAGAACCGGGAUCUGGACGUAACCCCAUCCUUCCCUUGUUCCUUCGGCCGCUCUGCCACUGAUGGAGUGUUAUGUGUGGCUGCAACGUAUGGUACCAAAAUGCAGCUCACCGACGAAAGCAAUUUUGGUUCAGCUGUUGACAUCGCCGCUCCAG